UUACCGGCUGAUUUUCGUACGAGCCACACCGACGCUGAAGUGAUCCAGCCGGGUACGCAUUUGCUGCCUAAUUACGAUGUUUUCACAAGGGGGCGGUUUCGUUUUUAAGAUAAGCCAUACGUUUAUUUGAAUAAGAGUUAAAACCUCAGAUGCCUAGCAAGCUCUCCCCCAAGGAAUAUGGGGAAGUACUUUCGACACAGAACAAUGUUAAGGCUGAGAUUACUAAGAGCACCAAUAGUACUGCAUCUGGCGACUCCAGCGGCGGCGGCGGCAAAGUGCCACUAGAUUGCAACGGCGUCGUGAGUAGUAGCGGCAAGCCAUGUAUUAAGGAAGAACCGAAUAUUAAUGAGGACGACGAAUCAACGAAGGACAACGACGUCAAAGUGGUUGCCGUGUCUACAAAUACCAGGAGCGGACGUAUUAGUAUGAGGCUACGCUUAAAGAAGGAGAAGGUUGAUACCUCGCCGUCUCCACCACAAACAAAGAGGUCUCGACGUUCCGCGGCAAAGGGAAACAAAGCAGCGACGACUUCCCGUACUGAUGAACCUAUAGAAGUAGGGUCGACAGAAAUUAAAGUUGAAACCUCAGAUGAUGCGGCGGCAACGACCGAAAAUAAUGAACUUGUAUCGGAUGUCGUUCAAGUAGAUAUUCUUGAUGAAGAAAAUAGACGAGGUUUACCUCAGAAAGAAGCUUCUAGAGGACAUCAUAAUCCGACAACGAACAAGACAUCAUCUUCACGGGGGAAGGGGACUAAGAACGCCACUUGUACUACCCCUACUGAUAGGGAUCGCGAAAAUAGUGAGUCGGAAGACCUGGAUGAAAUCGACAAAGAUGAUCCCCCAUGGAAACCAUCGGUAGAAAGAAGAAGACCUGAGUCUAACGUAGACAGGAAUUUGGACCAAGCGGUAGAAGGCUUGAUAAAAGACUACAGUGUAAUAGAUGAAAGCUCAGUCCAGCAAAGCCAAGCAUGCUUUCCAUCGCCCCAAGCGAGCUCUUCAUUGACAAGCGACGUCUGUUCAUCUACCAGAGAUUCUAUUCCACCGCAACAAGAACACGUUUCGCUGGAGUUCGAAGGUAUUGUCGCUGUGCCAGUUGAAUCCACAAAAUGUAUCCUCUGUAUGGCACUUUUCAAGACAACGGGCGAACUCAAAGCCCAUAUGGAAAUCGUACAUGCGAAAGGCCGAAGACAAGCAAAGACUCGUGUCACCCCCGUCGAGGAAACAGAUUCGCGGAAAAAAGCUCCGACGCCACUCGUAAGGGAGGGUGCAGAAGCUAAACCUCGUCGUAGAAAGCCACGUCAGGCAGGGAACCUUGGUCAUCACGAAUGUCAUUUCUGCCACAAGAGAUUUCAACAAAUGGGUCACCUACGAAAUCACGUUAGAUUACAUACAGGCGAGAGACCGUUUGUCUGCGAUAUGUGCGGAAAGGAGUUCUCUCAGUCAGGUCACUUAGUAUCGCAUAUCAAUUCUCAUACUAAUACGAGGCCAUACGAGUGUCAAUACUGUCAAAAGCGUUUCACUCAAAGUGGACACUUACGAAACCACGAACGUCUUCAUCUAGGUGUUCGACCAUAUCAGUGUGCACAAUGUGGGAAAUCGUUUACGCAGUCUGGGCACCUCGUAAAUCAUUUGCGUCUACAUGAUGGUGAAAAGCCGUUCGGGUGUCCGUUUUGUGGGAAGCGAUUUACUCAGUCUGGUCAUCUGUCUACCCACGUGAAAACACAUAAUGAAGGACGUGGCCAUGAGUGCAAUAUAUGCUUCAAACGAUUUGCUCAGGCAAGUCACCUCGAGGAACACAGUCGAAUCCAUAGCGAUUUACGCACUUACGUCUGCGCAUUCACUGCAUGCUCAGCACGGUUUUCAACCGGAGCGCUGCUUAGCGUGCACGUACAGUUACACGAACAAACCGGACAGCAUGUUGAAAAGCGGGGCCGGACUCGUGAACGUCAAAAUUGUCCUCCAGCCACAAGCGCCCCGCAGUCGUAUCUUCCGGAUAACAUCACACCAUUGGUUCGGCACCCAGUCAUUGUUCGUGUUGGUCGUGAUCACGUCGAUAACGAUGAGCAGGAGGAUAGGGGGCGCAUGUCGUUUGUGAGCGGUAAUGAGGACGCUGCGUUCGUUCAAGCCGUCAUGGCUCCAGGUGUCGAAGUUGAGCUGUUGGGUGAACAAGUCGAACUUUAGUUAGUGGGUGGAACUAGCUUAUACUUUUAUCAAGCAGAAGCGGCAGUAGCUGAUGUUCGGACGGCUCCGAAGAUUUUUUCGGCAGUUACCAACAUUCAGUUGCUCAAUUCGGUGCAAAUCUUAGAGCUCGUGGUUGUAUAGAGCGCAAUACUAUAGCGGCAUAUAGUUUUACGUAUUUUUAUUGUAAUAAAACAGAUGGAUUUGAGCUUACAUAUCAUCUCGAUUCUGAUUGAUGUCGAAAAGAAGCUAUUCCUAUUUCCGGAGAAUAAUAAACCCUUGCGUACGUAAAUCGUAAGACGACAAUCAGCGUUUGUAACCAUUAUACAGUUGCAUAUUCUGUCCGUAAUGUGAAACAAUUAACUGUUUGAUUUUCAUUGGGACAUACAGGAGCAAAUACCUUUUACUCAGUGAGUGUUUCUUUUGUAUUCAAAUGACCUAGAUAUUCGAAGGAAUUAUGUAACAGUCGGAUUUGACAUUUCCGAACUAGAGCCUUACUGCGUAUGUCUCAUCCGAUGUAAGCGAGUUGCGGCAAAAAAACUGGUCUGUUCACCGUUUGUGGAGGUCAUUUAUGGGAGUCGUUGGUAGAGCAACGAGGUUGAUCUUAGAAAAACUGAAUCCAGUAUGUUGGUCCAAGUGAAUAAAUAGUUUGCUUUCUGCAAUAUACUUAGUGCGAUACGAUUCUGUUCAAGAAACAAAUCUGGAUCGUGCCAAAAAAACAUAUAUGUUAUGACGGCAGCUGAACGAGCCGUAGUGUAAUAUGCAAGGUAACACAAGAGCUUUACUCUUAUGUUCUUCAAUAUGUACAUGCUGAAACUUACCAUUUAUUAUUAACAAAAA